ACACUCUUUCGCUCGCUCUCUCUCUCUCGCUCGGUAACAAAGGUUUGGAUCGAAAGGGUCGUCGCCAAUGAUACCGCUGGUUUCUCGCACUGGGAGGCGCCACCAACGCUACUAUGAGGGUCGACGUCUCAUUGCAGGAUGCAUUCCCUAUCGAUUUACUGCAAACGACUCUAACGAGAAUGGUUUCGGCAAGAAGCUUGAAGUCCUAAUGAUCAGCUCGCAGAAGGGCAACGGGGUGUUGUUUCCAAAGGGGGGUUGGGAGACAGAUGAAUCACUCGGUGAUGCAGCUCGCAGGGAAGCAUUAGAGGAAGCGGGAGUAAGAGGAGACAUUGGUGACUUGCUGGGGGAAUGGAUCUUUAAAAGCAAAAGCCACAAAGACACGUACCGCGUGGGAUACAUGUUCCCUUUGCACGUAACUGAGCAACUGGAUUGGUGGCCGGAAAAAAAUGUUCGAGAACGGAAAUGGGUAACUGUUGGCGAAGCAAGAGUUUCUUGCGAGUAUAUGUGGAUGCGAGAAGCACUUGAACUACUAAUACGGCGAACGAACAGGCCGCUGAAAACCCCCGCUGAUUCCGCUCUUUCAGUAUAUUCAACAAAUUCAUCAGACGAUUCAUCUUCUUCCGAGUAGCAGCACUGCUAGAUCUCGGCAACAAACGAUUUAAUAACCGAGGGGCUGACCGCUUUCUGCUGACCGUGCCACUUCCUUUCAACAAGUAGCUAGACACCAACCUAGGAAGAGAGAAGGUCACGUUUUGCUUCUUUUUUGGAAGGCUUCUGAACCGUCUUGUGAGCAUCUGUAAAACGUGAUCUUGGAUGUAACAUUCAUCACAAGGUAUACCUUUGCUUAUGUUCUGCUCGCUUCCUGGAAUCUAUAGAGCGAUGCAAUCAUUUUUUUUUUUUUUAAUUUGUAAUCUUCGUUUCAUAUUUAUUCUUUUGACCUGUAAGAUGCUCCCCAAAUUAAGGUCCUCACGUCGACCGCAGCAAUUGUUGUACUUCGUUUUGUUUGGUUAUGAAGGACCUUAUUGGUAGGUGGAGAAAAAGAAAGAAGCAGUGAAAUGUAAAAAAUU